AUGCUUAAAAUCAUCACUCUCCUUUCUAUUCUUUCUUGUCUCGUAGAUGGAUUGAUAAUUCCAUCUCAGAAAAGAGAUAACCCAGUGCCUUUGAAACUCGACUUCACGGUUCAGAGAAAAGCCAAUGGAACAUCUCAGUUGAACAGACAUAUCAUGAAAAGAGGCUCAUAUCCCGAGACCAUCACUGACGUUGGUGAUGUCAGCUACAACUUGAAUGUAUAUCUUGGCUCAAACCAACAACCCUCUUACGUGAUGAUCGACACAGGUUCCUCUGAUCUUUGGGUCACAUCCCAAACUUAUAGUGCCUCCUCUUCGUCGUCCUCUCAAGAUACUGGUAACCCAUUCAACAUCCAGUAUCUUGAUGGAACAUCGGAAAACGGCGAGUGGUACUUGGACACCUUGACCUUUGACCCUGGCAACCCACCCACAAUCAAUGACUUUCAGUUUGCGGUAAUUCAGGGCAAUGAUCAGGGCGGCCAGGGAGUACUUGGCAUUGGUGACAGGAACACCGAGUCUUCCAAUACUCCGUACAACAAUUUGCCUUGGGCAUUGGCAAACAAUGGUAUUACCCCCAAGGCUUCCUAUUCCUUGUUUUUGGGUCCUGAUGGUGGGCAGGGAUCGCUCAUCUUCGGAGGCAUCGACACCGACAAGUACCUGGGAACUUUGCAGAAAUAUCCUAUUGAUACCGCGAGUGGCCCAGGAUUGUUUGUGAAUGUCGCAUCAAUUUCUGUCGACGGGAAAUCAUUUUCGUCCAAUCAACCUUACCUUUUGGAUUCUGGUACCUCUUUGGGCUUAGUCCAACAAGACGUUCAGGAUUACUUGGACGAAAUAUUCAAGCCAACUUUAGUGAAACAAGGAGAUAUCACUUACCGUCAAGUGAGCUGCGACCAACCAACAGACAAGUAUAUUAAAUUCAACUUCGGUGAGAAUACUAUUGCCUUGUCGUAUGCCGAUGCCAUUGAAAAUGAUGGAAGUGGGCAAUGUUUGUUGGGAUUCACUUCCUACGACAAUAACAAUAUCCUUGGUGAUGUCUUCUUGAGAAAGGCUUAUGUGUACUAUGAUCUUACUGACCAGAGCAUCUCCAUUGCCCAGGCACUGUACUCCGAUUCUUCCAAUAUCAUUAGCGCUUAG